CGCUGUCACUGGAUUUUGCUCCUUUUGACUUAGAGCUCCUAAGCAUCUCUUGCAAUUCCGGUAUAAAAGAAAACAUGGCUUCUUUGGCGACUGCUGCUCGUGAUAUCCCCCAGGCCUCCUUGAGCCGAGACAACUUAACUGCUGUAGCGGCUCGGAGCGAUCCUGCGAUGACUGUGACACGAUCUCGGGACCUCCCGACCCCUCCAAACUCCAUCUCUCCCUCCUUGCCGGCCCACGGCCUCAAGGCCCAGCUCCAGAAGGCCAAGCUCGAGGCCAUCGACUCCGACUUGGACCUUCAUGACAAUGCCAGCAGCCACGGAAGGUCGCUGUCUCCGGCGCUCGAAUCGGCCGGCGCCAUCACCAGCUCCAUGCUGGCCAAGUACCACCUGCCAGAGAUCCUGCUGAACCACGGUCCUCUGGCCAUCCGUCACAUCAUGGGAUAUCUCACCACAUCGGUUCCUGGAUUCUCCGGUAUCCCGCCGACCAAGGCGCGAAGGGUAGUUGUCGGGGCGUUGGAAGGACGCGGAGGCGAAGGCAGAGGAGUUGACGGAGACGUCGUCUUCGAAAAGGUGGGCUGGGGGCGAUGGGAUGCGCGCCGACGGGGACAAGCCGCCCGGCAUCGUCAAGCAACUCCGCCCAGCGGCCCAUCCUCCUACACCGCUGGAAUUCCCAUCUUCAGGGCCAGCGGCCGGGGCUUGAGCCUGAGCAGGGCGAGGCUGCACGCUGCCGGCUCCAGCGGCGGUGACUCGGUGCAGUUCUCCCACGAUGACCACUUUGACAUCUCCAUGAUGGAGCACGAGGCCGACAAGAUGUCCAUGGACGACUCCGCGUCGGCUUCAUGCUCCGAGGCGCCAGAUGAUGAUGUCGCUAUGAAUGAUGACCCAGAGGACGUCACGGACGACGAGGACUGGGCUGCUGUUGGCGCCGCUGCCCUGCGGGCCGACUCCUACCCAAACAUGGCUUCCGCUUUCGAGCCCGGUCUAUCCUCCAACACGUACUCUGGUGGGAUGCGCACACUGCCUUCCAACUUUGGGGGCGUGGCGAAUCCUCCCCAAGUCAAGAUUGACUAUUCUGCGUUCCCUGCCACUGAUGCGCAGGAGCGCGAAGCCGUCGAAGCCCUUCUUCGACUGGGUUCUGUAUAAUACUACUACUACCAACUGCAUGCAUGGCGUUUUGCUUAUUUCACGUUUCUUUUUGGUGGGUACGGCUUUGCUUCUUUGGGUUCCCGCGGUGGGAGGGUUUGACUUGGUCCUGGAUGGACUGGUUGGCUGGACCAUGGAAUACGUGUCAUACAUGGUCGGGGCGGCGUCCCGGAUCAAACCCUUUCAUGCUGAUGAUGACACGCUUGCUCUGCGCGCAUUGAUUUUUUCUGGACCCUUUUACUUUCGAUACUCCGCACACGGCAUUGUUUCUGUUUUGCGUUUUGGCCCCUCGCUUUUCCCCCUCCAGACUCGGGGAAUCAUUCUCUUUUUCCCACCUACCUGGAGGGAUGUGGGAAGCACUUGGGCGGCUCGCUUAUCUCAAUGCGACCCUGGCUUAUGUUGGGCUUUGGAUGAAACUCUCAAAAGAGGAGAGAAAAUGGACAGACUGAUCUCAGUGUUGAUCGCUGAUGGAUAUUUCCUCCCUCACUUUUGACAAUUAAUGCCCCGUCAUGCAUGUCGAACGAUUGUGUCUUGAUGCCUUGUGGCACAAACCCGCGUACGGGAGAACUCUUAUACCCUCGUCUCACGACGAAACUUUUAUGGCUGUCCUACAAUAGGAUGGUCUACCCUUGGAACAAUUUCCUUCAUCGGCGGCUUUUCUAUAACGGUAUAUUUUCUUGCACAUACGCUACUUCUUUUUCAUCUUUUCUCUUUUGAAACUCCAAAAAUCCUAAUAAUAAAGUGCUUCUUUGAAAGCGCCUGGUUUUUUCAACACCGCACACGGAGGAAUUUCAAACCUGCUAUAGCUGCCCAAAGGCGGCAUUUUAGGCUCGAUCUGCAACACUUCUCCACUUCAGAUGCUUUUCAUUUAUUAUUCUUUUUUUCGCUCCCUUGCUUGAUGUUGCACAAGGGGAGACGGCAUUGGUUGGCAAUUAUAGAUAUAGGACUGGGACUAUGGCGAGGACGAUUGGGAGCCAAGUGACUUGGGCUGGCUGAGAGAGUUUACAACGCGCAAAGCAAAAAAAGAGAAGAAAGGAGGCAAGAGGAAAGCAGAGGCGACAAAGCUUUUGAUGCUUCUCUCUUUUAUAGGUACUAUGCUACCCUCAGAAGAGAAGGAUGGACUGAAGGUGGAUGAAGAAACAAAAAAAAUCUUCAAAAUAAUAAUGGAGGGCUGGCCGACCAGAUAGCUUCCCUGGGCUCAUUACGAGACUCGUUUAUCAUACAAUGGAAGUAUAAAUCAUUUUCCUCCAAAUCUUGGGUAUCCUCAUGUGGCACGUUUAUUGUUUGUGAUUUGUG